AGGGGCGCUGGCGCCACCGGCUCGCGGGCUUCGCGCCCGACAGGGUUGAUGCGCGAGGGCGGGCGGCGGCCGGGCCGUGUAACGGCGCCUCUCUCUGCGCCACAGCCGGAGGCCUCGGGGCGAGCCGGGGAGCCGCGCGCUUCUGCGGAGCCAGGCAUGUGCCCCGCCGGCAGGGCGCCGGAGGCUCGCCACGUCUGCCGCCUCCUCGGCCGGAGGGCUCACGGAUUUUAUGCGAGAGAUGCUGGUGUCGCCCACAGAACGAACAUGCGGCUCCUCAGAGAGAUAAUAUGUCAGGAAAGUACUAAAUUCAAGCAUGUUUGGACAACUCAUUCUGCAUCUCCUAUUGCUUAUGAAAGAGGAAGAAUUUACUUUGACAAUUACCGGUGCUGUAUCAGCAGCAUUGCACAAGAACCAAGAAUUCUUUACCAAAAGCCAAAGUCUCCUAAAUCAGAAAAAAUAGAAGAUGCUUUAUUAUUGGAAUGCGCACUGGGGGAGACACUACCAAGUUCAUCUGACUAUAAAUCUUCUUUGGUAGUCUUAACAGCUCAGAACUGGCUUCUACGUCUUUCUGCUGAUAGUGGGGAAAUUUUAGAAAAAAUAUAUCUUGCUGGUUCCUGUUGCAAAUUCAGGUACCUGAGCUGGGAUACUCCUCAAGAGGUAAUGGUUAUAAAGUCAGCUCAGAAUAAGCUCCCUGCAGCAGCACGGCAGGCAGGCAUCCAACAGUCUGUAUUGUUCUAUCUUGCUGUAUUCCAAGUUUUACCUCUUUCAUUUAUUGGAAUGCUAGAAAUAAACAAAAAGAUAUUUGGUAAAAGUGUGACAGAUGUUGCUGUUUCUAAUGGAGUCCUGAUUGUAAUGUAUAGUAUGGGUCUGGUCAGGCUCUAUAAUUUCCAGGCUAUCUCUGAAAAGUUCAUGGAAGAGCCAUUUGAUUUGGGAUAUGAAUUCAACUGGAAUGGUCAAGUGGGAAUUGUAGGAAAGUAUCCAUUUGGUCUUCCGUGUAACAUUAAAAUAACAGAUACUCCGCCUUUGCUAUUUGAAGUAUCUUCUCUGGAGAAUGCAUUUCAAAUCGGAGGUUACCCUUGGCAUUAUAUCAUCACACCUAACAAGAAAAAACAUAAAGGAGUCUUCCAUAUUUGUUCCCUGAAAGACAAGGCUUUGGCAAAAAAUGGCAUACAGGAUAUGAAAUGCUGUUCACUGGAACCUGAUUGGAUAUAUUUCCAUCCAGAUAUGUCAGGUAGAAUAAUCCACGUUGGACCAAAUUUGAUAAAAGUCUUGAAGAUUAAGGAGAUUGAAAAUAAUGUAACUCAGAUGGAAAUUGCAGAAGAUUUUUUGAUUGUGGCCAACAGAGAAAACAGUGUGAACAGCUCUGUUACUGUAACUGCUUCUGGUCGAGUGGUGAAAAAACGUUUUAACUUGCUGGAUGAUGAUCCAGAGCAAGAGACUUUUAAAAUUGUGGACUACGAAGAUGAAUUGGAUUUGUUAUCCAUUGUAGCAGUUACUCAAAUAGGCGCUGACGGAAGAGCUCAUCUUGAUUUUCACUGUAAUGAACAUGGGAUUCUACUUAAGAGUAUUCCACUACUGGAAUCCUGGGAUGUGACUUACAGUCAUGAAGUUUAUUUUGACAGAGACAUUGUAUUACAUAUAGAACAAAAGCCUAACAGGAGGUUCAGUUGUUAUGUUUACCAAAUGGUCUGCAAUACUGCGCAAGAAGAGGAAUGUUCAAGCCAUGAAAGAACAGAAAGAGUUUCUUGUAAAAAAGGAGGGAGAAUUUUUGAAUAUACUUAAGAUAUAAACAACACUGCAGAGACUUCAAUGUGGAUGUUAUUAAAGGACUUCAUAUAUAUGAAUUAGUCAACUCCUGUCUUUCAUCCAGUCUUUGAUCUUAGCAUUUUAUGCCAUUACAAGAGGUUUAUUACUUCUCUGUUAUAACAUGCUAUACUUACCUCUAGUCCAUAAUUUCCUUUUCAGAUACUCACCGCUUCAUCAUUACUACUGAGGUAUAGCAUUUAUUGCUCCUCUUAGCAACUGGAUUGAAAUACUGCGUAGCAAAAAGAAAGAUUUGGACCUAUUGAUAAUCAACCUACUGUGUUCUGUCUUGAUUAGUUUUACCCUUGCAACUUUAAUGCAGACUGUUAAUUAAAAUAAGUAAAACUGUAUAGGAUAAAUUUUAUAUAUAAUAUGAAAAUGGCAGAAUUACCAUUAAACCACCUAGACAAAAUGUAA